UAAAAAAAACCCAUUGGAAAUUUUAGCUUCUCAUAUAUUAAUCGAAGUUGACCCCAGCCUCCACACGCUGCGAAUACUGAAUUUUGGUCUCCUCUCUUUCAAGUCUUGUAGGAGUAAAGGGAGGUAGUAGCAAACAAAUUUUGGAGAAGCAGUUGCCCUCAAAUUCUGUAUUUACUGUGAGAUCAGACAUGCCUGGACAAAAGAUUGAAACUGGUCACCAAGAUGUUGUUCAUGACGUGGUGAUGGAUUAUUAUGGAAAACGGCUUGCUACAGCUUCUUCAGAUAACACCAUCAAGAUAAUUGGAGUAAGCAACUCAGGAUCUCAGCACCUUGCAACUUUGACCGGUCACCAAGGACCAGUUUGGCAAGUAGCAUGGGCUCAUCCUAAGUUUGGAUCCCUCCUUGCUUCUUGUUCUUAUGAUGGGAAAGUCAUAAUUUGGAAAGAAAGCAACCAGAAUGAGUGGAUCCAGGCUCAUGUUUUUGAUGAUCAUAAAGCAUCUGUCAAUUCCAUUGCCUGGGCUCCUCAUGAGCUGGGUCUUUGUCUGGCUUGCGGAUCCUCAGAUGGGAACAUCUCAGUCUUCACUGAAAGAUCUGAUGGAGGAUGGGACAAAUCACGAAUUGAUCAGGCUCAUCCAGUUGGUGUAACCUCGGUUUCGUGGGCCCCAUCGAUGGCUCCUGGUGCUCUUGUCGGUUCUGGUAUACUUGAUCCUGUUCAGAAACUUGCAUCUGGUGGCUGUGAUAAUACAGUGAAAGUCUGGAAGUUCGAUAAUGGAAGUUGGAGGAUGGACUGCUUCCCAGCUCUUCAAAUGCAUACUGAUUGGGUGAGGGAUGUUGCUUGGGCACCAAACCUGGGACUUCCUAAGUCUACAAUUGCUAGUGCUUCUCAAGACGGAAGAGUUAUAAUAUGGACCGCGGCUAAGGAAGGUGACCAAUGGGCUGGUAAGGUUUUGCAGGAUUUUGGGGCUCCUGUUUGGAGGGUCUCCUGGUCACUUACUGGAAACAUACUGGCAGUGGCUGAUGGAAAAAACAGUGUAACGUUGUGGAAAGAAUCUGUAGACGGAGAGUGGCAGCAGGUUACUACUGUUGAGCCAUAAACCUGAUUGAUCUUUCAUUAUUUUCUUUCUUAAUACCAGCCGGUCUCUGGUUUCCAUAAACUCUUCCACCCGCACCCCCACCCCCUGACUCGUUACAGUUGAGCAAAUUGAACUUGAGUUCCUUAGUGGCUCCACUUUUAAGGUCCGUUUGCAAGACGUGAUUGUUUUCCAAUAUUGCUGCAGGUUACUUGGGCUAAUUUCAUUUCUUGAAAUGCUAAUCUUGAUAUUUGGUUAUGUUCUUC